AUUAAAUUUCCAACAUUCACUAGAAAAGAAAAAAAAAUUACCGCUUCUUCUCCGGUUUCGCUUCUAAAUUUCCGAUUUCAAUAUGAUCGCCGCCGGAGCUAAAUCGAUUUUAGGGCUUUCGAUUGCAUCAUCUCCCAAGGGGAUUCCUUCCGAUAGCAAUUCGAGAUCUAUUGGUGUUCUUCGUGCUUGUGUUUCCAUGGAAGGAUCUCAAACGAUGAGUCAUAACAAAAAUGGAUCUAUUCCUGAGCUGAAAUCUAUUAAUGGUCACAUAGGACAAAAACAAGGACCAUUGUCUACGGUUGGAAACUCGACGAACAUAAAGUGGCAUGAAUGCCCUGUUGAGAAAGUUGAUAGACAGAGAUUGCUUGAUCAGAAAGGAUGCGUGAUUUGGGUCACUGGUCUUAGUGGUUCAGGGAAGAGCACUUUGGCUUGUGCAUUGAAUCAGAAGUUGUACCAAAAGGGAAAGCUAUGUUAUAUUCUUGAUGGAGAUAACGUAAGGCAUGGUCUAAACCGUGAUCUCAGCUUUAAAGCGGAGGAUCGGGCAGAGAACAUUCGUAGAGUCGGAGAGGUUGCCAAGCUUUUUGCAGAUGCUGGAAUCAUCUGCAUUGCAAGUUUAAUAUCUCCUUACAGAAGAGACAGGGACGCUUGUCGAACUUUACUCCCGGAAGGAGAUUUUGUUGAGGUGUUUAUGGAUGUACCGCUUGAAGUUUGUGAGGCUAGGGAUCCAAAGGGUCUGUACAAGCUUGCUCGUGCAGGAAAGAUCAAAGGUUUUACCGGGAUAGAUGACCCUUACGAGCCACCAUUGAAUUGCGAGAUUGCUCUAGGACACGAAGCAACUGGAACUUCUCCGAUCGAAAUGGCUGAAACAGUCGUUGCAUACUUAGAACACAAGGGUUAUCUUCAGGCCUAAAAUAAUUUAGUUUACGGGUUACCUUCAAGCGCACGCAUUUGUUCUUCCACAGUCAAAGUUAUAUUUUAAACAGCCAGAGUACAAAAUUAAGCAAAUUAAUGGCUGUUUUUACGGAAUCACGAGUUUUAAAAUAAUUAUAAUCUCAUCAUUUUUGUUGUCCGUUUUGUAUUUUAAAUCUUCUUGUUAUGCUCUGUAUAUAAUAUGGGUGAAGAAUUAAGCCUACUCAACAUUUAUAUAUGUAGUUUCCAAUA